AUGAUUGAAGAAAGCGGAAAGCGGAGAAGGACCAUGGCAGAGAAGAGACAGCUGUUUAUGGAAAUGAGGGCUCAGAACUUUGAUGUCAUCAGACUUUCAACGUAUCGGACUGCCUGCAAACUGAGAUUUGUACAAAAAAGAUGUAACCUUCACCUUGUGGAUAUCUGGAACAUGAUUGAAGCCUUCCGUGACAAUGGCCUUAACACAUUGGAUCACAAUACAGAGAUCAGUGUGUCUCGUCUAGAAACAAUCAUCUCAUCCAUCUACUACCAGCUGAAUAAACGCCUUCCUUCUACUCACCAGAUCAGUGUGGAGCAAUCCAUCAGCCUUCUCCUCAACUUCAUGAUCGCAGCAUAUGACAGCGAGGGCCAUGGGAAGUUGACUGUAUUUUCCAUAAAAGCAAUGUUGGCAACUAUGUGUGGUGGAAAAAUUCUGGACAAGUUAAGAUAUAUUUUCUCCCAAAUGUCGGAUUCCAAUGGACUGAUGAUCUUUUCAAAGUUUGACCAGUUUUUGAGGGAGGUUCUGAAACUUCCCACCGCUGUGUUUGAAGGGCCUUCUUUUGGAUACACAGAAAACUCUGUGCGAACGUGUUUCCCUCAGCAGAAAAAGGUUACGUUAAACAUGUUUUUAGACACGUUGAUGGCUGACCCGCCACCCCAGUGCCUUGUGUGGCUACCUCUCGUGCACAGACUUGCCCAUGUUGAAAAUGUCUUCCAUCCCGUGGAGUGUUCUUACUGCCGGUGCGAGAGCAUGAUGGGCUUCCGUUACCGGUGCCAACAGUGCCACAACUACCAGCUCUGUCAAAACUGUUUUUGGCGUGGCCAUGCCAACGGCCCUCACAGCAACCAGCAUCAGAUGAAAGAGCAUUCCUCUUGGAAGUCGCCUGCCAAGAAGCUGAGCCAUGCCAUUAGUAAAUCUCUUGGUUGUGUACCCACUAGAGAGCCUCCUCACCCUGUCUACCCGGAACAGCCCGAGAAGCCCCUUGACCUUGCUCAUAUCGUUCCUUCCCGGCCGCUCGCCAACAUGAAUGAUGCCAUGGUCACCCACACGUCCUCGGGAGCCCCCACCCCAACAAAAAGGUCGCUCCGCAGCCCGACCCCCUCCGAUCGGCUCAGUGACGAACAUGCGCUGAUAGCAGCCUACGUGAGCCGGCUCCAAAGUGGUCCACGCAGCGUUCUGGACAGCCCCAGCCGACUAGAUGAGGAACACAAGCUGAUUGCCCGCUAUGCUGCCCGGUUGGCUGCUGAAGCUGGAAAUGUGCCGCGCCCACCGACGGACCUGGGGUUCAACUUCGAUGCCAACAAGCACCAAAGGCAGCUGAUUGCAGAGCUGGAAAACAAGAACAGAGAGAUCCUGCAGGAAAUCCAGCGCCUCCGGCUGGAGCACGAGCAGGCCUCCCAGCCCACGCCGGAGAAAGCCCAGCAGAACCCGACUCUGCUGGCAGAACUGCGGUUGUUGCGGCAAAGAAAGGAUGAGCUGGAACAGCGAAUGUCUGCCCUCCAGGAAAGCCGACGGGAGCUGAUGGUCCAACUGGAAGGGCUGAUGAAGCUGCUCAAGGAAGAGGAGCAAAAGCAGGCAGCCCAGGCCGCCAGUUCGCCACCCACGUCCCCCACCCACGGGAGCAGCCGCUCGAUGCCCAUGCCAGUCCGGUCCACUUCUGCUGGCUCCACCCCAACGCACGGGCCCCAAGAUUCCCUCGCUGGUGUCGGUGGGGAUGUUCAGGAAGCCUUUGCACGAGGAAGCCGACGAAACCUGCGCAACGACCUGCUGGUAGCAGCCGAUUCCAUUACCAACACAAUGUCCUCCCUGGUGAAGGAGCUCCAUUCAGGAGGAGAGGAAGGAGGUGAAGAGGAAGAAGACAAGAUGCAGAAUGGGAAGGACCGAGGUUAAACGGAAGAACCUGAACUGGCCAGCAAGUCAAGUAACGAGGCGCAAUCUCUUCCUCCCGGGAGGUCUCUGCAUCCUUCCAAAGAGACACGUUCCAGCCGACACAUCCACCAUUGUGAAGCUGUGAUGACCACAACGUAUCGGGGAAGCAGCCUCCUUCCAGCAGACAGAGUGGCUUUCCUGGGGUGGGGGUGGGAGGGGGCAUCUCCUUAGGUUUGCAUGUCCUGUUUCCAUAGGUGUUCCAGUGCUAGUAAUUGGGAACAGCCUCAUCAUCUCCGUUUCGGCGAGGACACUUUUCAAAGAGCGGCUUCCCCAAAGCCGAGCCUCCCUCCGUGAACCCUCCCCUCGCCGCCCCUCGCUCAGCAUGGCCCGUCGGGGCCUCCUCAGCCACACACCGCCCCACCGGGGACCUCUGGAGCCAGCUUCCUUGCCCAAAGGCAGGCUUGCCUGGGGACGACCCCUUCCUGGGGCAAGCACAGCCCGGACCGCGUGCUGAGCAGGGGCUCUGCUGCGGCAUCAGCCAAGGCCCGGUUUGCUUCUGUUGGGCUGUGGGCUGGGGCCGGUUGGCUUGUCGGGGAGUCACACGGUGCUGGUAGAGAGUCGGGGUAGCCCAACGGGGUAGCCCAAUGGCCAGAGGGUGUGCAGUCGAGGGCACGAGAGACCCCACUGGGACCCUUCUCUGCACAGAAGGAGAGCAGCAGCCCUGGAAGACUCCCGUGCGGUCGGCCAAGGCCGGUUCAUUUCCUUUGGGGUUUCACAAGGGUACCUCUGAGCCCUGUCUUUGUACAGCAGAACGGUCUCCCACUGAGAUGUUCCACCACCCAGAGUCCACCAGGUACUGCUCUGUGUGUGUGUGUGUGUGUGUGUGUGUGAGAGAGAGAGAGAGAGAGAGAGAGUUUGUUGUGCCCUAAAACUCCAGACUCGGGGGGCCUGUGCUUGAGUUCCAGACCCACCCCCCGGAGUGUCCCCCCCUCCUGUGCUCGGUUGCAGCAGAGAAGCCAUCAAGCCCAGGCGGGUUGCCCUUGGGACUCCCAGCUGCAGUGCGGACCGGCACCCCCGUCAGACAGAUGGAGCCCUGGCAUCAGGAGUGACCACCGCUUGCCCCCUCCAAGCCAGUGUCCAGGCACCUGUGGGGGGGGCACCUGGCGGAGGGCAGUGUGGCCGCUUGGGCCCCUUUCAGGCCAAGGCCAGGGCAGGACUGGGUCUGACCAGAGGUCCCUCUCGUUCAGCCGCCAGCUCUUGAAACAGGAAUCGGAUACCAAGUGGGCUCUAUCAAGUCCUCCUCCUGGCUGCUUUCAGUCAAAUCACACCCACCGCUGGCCUUAAAAACAGCAGCCAAAGGGACUGACCCCGAAGUUGAAGGAACCAGCCCCCCCCUUGCCUGCCUGGCAACAGGCCAGCCCGAUGGAUCAGGCGGGUAGCCAGCGUGGGGCCGGCCCCGCAGCCCAAACGGUGCCCCCAUCCCAGCCGUCUCUGUCCUUCCGGUUCCGACCAAGGACCCUGGACCCAGGCUCGCUGAGGACCUCGGUUGGAUUCAGCUGGGGAGACCGAAUGGGGGGCAGAGCCCUGGCGGCUACCCCCAGGUUGCGCCGGGGCUCCUGUGGGGAUGCUUUUCUUCAGCCUUGGUGGGUCCUGUGAGCCCCCUGGAUUCCCAGCUGGCAGAGGCUGGGAUGACAAAGCCCCCACCACGCCCCGAGCUCUCGUCCACCUUGCCUGGGCUGAGCCCUGGCUGGGGGGCAGGUACUGAGCAUCUCACUGGCAUCCAUGGACCUGUUGCCCACAGGUACGUGUCAGGAGAAACCAUAGUGUAGGGGUGGGGGGGUGAGAGAGAGAGAGAGAAAGCGUGGAUUUGUGCCGGCACAAGAAUCUAAGAAGAGCCUUCCUGGACCAGGCCAAGGGGCCCCUCUUCGUCCAGCUCGCUGUCUCUCUCACGGUGGCCCCACUAGAUACAGAUGCCUCUGGGAGCACAGGAGAGACCACGAGAGACCCCUGUCUCCUGAUCCCCCUCUUCCCCUGCACCUGGCCUUUGGAGGGACGUUCCUUCGAAGCCGGGAGAUUGUACUACAUCCCCAUCAGGGCUGGUCACCUGCGCUGGACUUUUCCUCCAGGAAUGUCGUGUAGUGUUGGCAGAGGGGGAAGCGGGUGCAGGAUGGGGCCCGGAGGCAAAGUUCCCUGUACAGCUGUUCCUUUCUUGUUAGCUGAGGCAGGAACGAUCCUGUUGCACCAAAAACAGUCUCAAAAGCAACCCGGCUUUUCCAAAGCCAGGGCCUUCGUUGUGGUGGUUUUAAUUCCGGGGGGUUGAAGGGUUGGGGGGGGUCAUUCUGGGAAACUGUUUGCUUUUGAUCUCAGCAGGUGGCCUCCUCCGAGGGGCUCCUGGGACCCUGGCAGGAGCCCCUCCGCUGGGAGCCUUUUCGGGACAGGGAUGGGACAGGGUGUGUGUUUCGAACCGGGCUGGCUGCUUGUUAAUUGGACCUCCCUUCGACUCAGGUUACAAAUCACGCUCCAUAAUGGUAAAUGUGUGCCAGCUGGGCAGCCAGGAUCGUGCCCUCACCUCCUCUGAGCCCUCAUGGGGCUGCUCAGCUGGGCACCCCCAAAGCGAGCCGGGCGUUGCGGGCAGAACGGCCGAGCCCACGGACCCCUUGGAGCGUCCAGGUGGGCCUCCCGGGAAGGCCGGAAGAGCCCCAGGCAGGCAGGCAGGCAGCCGGGCUUCCCCCAAGGAGACCUCAGUCGGGGACCCGGGGACGGCCUCCUGGUGCCAGUGGGUGGCAAUACGUGGGAGGGCGAUAUGGCCACCCGUGGUCCCCAGCACCCCCUGAAACCUCGCUUGGGACUGGCUGAACACCACUGACGCGAGGGGGUUUGUAAUAGUUCCCGUUGACAACGAUUCCCCCGGCCCUUUGCUCUCUCUCUCU